AUGGCUACGGCAGUGUCCCAAACACGCCAUCAAGGUCAGCCAAACGGACCCAAGUGUCAGGAACUGGCUGGCUUGACUACUUUGCGGGCUUCAAAGUUCUGUUCCCGUAUCUAUGCUCCACUUCAGCUCGGAGUCCUGGUGGACUCACUGGGAAAGGGUCGUCUGCCGUAUAAAGAGAUCAUACUUUAUGUCGUCUACCGCGCCCUGCAGGGGAAUCAAGGUGCCAUUGGCGCAGCUCGCUCCGUUCUUUGGAUCCCUGUGUCUCAAUCCCUCUUCCGCCGGUUAUCUACCGCUGCCUUUGAACACGUUCUGGGCCUUUCGCUGGAGUUUCAUCUGAAUAAGAAGAUCGGCGAGGUAACGAGUGCGCUGAGCAGGGGAGCCGCGAUCAAUACUUUCCUCGAAAGCUUCUGCUUCCAGGUAUUUCCGAUGGUGUUUGACAUCUUCGUUGCUGGCGUCAUCUUUUUCAUCAAGUACGACGCUUUUUACACCAUUAUCGUCUUCUUCAUCAUGUGGUCCUACAUCUUCUUGACCAUCUACGUGGCCAAGUACCGCGGCCGGCAGAGACGCGACAUGACGACAAAGACGCGUGAGAUGGAAGCUGUCAAGACGGAUGCCAUCCUUGCGUACGAGACGGUGCAGCACAAUUGUGCAGUGUCUCGGGAGACGCAAAGAUUCAGAGAACAUGUUGUCGUCUUCCAGCGAGCAGAGCGCUUGGUUCAGUGGUCUCUUAAUGGGCUAAAUCUCACACAAAGCUCAAUUUUCACACUGGGAACGGCCCUUCUCGUCGGCGUCUCUGCUUACAAAAUCUCUAUUGGCGAGCAGUCUGUCGGCGACUUUGUCAGCCUCAUCAAUUACUUUGUUCAACUUCAGGGUCCCCUCAACUUCUUUGGAACCUACUACAACAUGUUGCAGAAUAAUCUCAUCGAAGCUGAGAGGCUCCUCGACUUGGUAUUUUAUCCUCCCCUCAAACACUGAUGUGCUGCUAAUUUGGCGCGUAGUUUCAGGAAACGGCAGGGGUUAUUGAGAAGAAAGAUGCUGUCACGCUGCCUCAACCUCGUGGUGCAAUUUCCUUUAAUGAAGUAGGUUUUUCGUAUCAAACCAAGAAAGGUGAGCCUGUAUUGCAAGGCAUCAGCUUUACUG